AUGGAGCGAAAUCGAAGUCACGAUGUGUUGGCCACCGGAGGGAAGGGUAUUAUGGUGUUACGUCUGAUUACCUGUAUUAAUUACCUGUAUUUUAUACCCUCUGCCCAAACAUACCAAGACCACCAGUCGCCUCCUCUUCCACCUCCUAUCCACGGAGGCCUUCAUAUCAACUACGAGAGCCCAACCUUCCUCCUCAUGUCCCAAUUACAUCGACAAAAGAUGCACACAACCCAGGCACUGCCUAGACCUGAUCCUUCAGUUAUCAAUUCAUCCUUUACCUAUUCCCCAACCAGCCCCUGGUUCAACGCGGGCAUAUUGGACAAUGCUCCCCAGCUUUGGCCAAGCAGAGGUACCGCUUCGAUUAGAUUCUGGACGAACGUCGAACGCACUUAA